UGGACGUAGAGAUGUCGAAGCUGUUUGCGAGAAUUGCUGAGUAUUUCAGCAACAGAACAUUCAUAGGUAUAAACAAAGCUGGGAAUCGUUACUUCACUAGAAAAGAAGAGAUUGAUGGUAUCCUAAAGGAGAAAAGAUGGGUGGAAUUCAAAGGAGAGCAAGAUCCAACCACAAUCCCCGUUGAAUGGAUAUGUUGGUUGAAUGGGCAGCGAAAGAAAGCUCCAACUCCAGAGGAAAUAAUGGAACUUGAAGCAAGGCGUGAACGUGUUAGGCUUAACGUUGCUCGUACGUAUUCUUAGGAUCAUCACUUAACGUGUUCUGCCACUGUAUUCUCUGAAAAUGAUUUGUAAAGCACCAUCACGAUGUAAAGCACUAUUGUUGUGAAAAUGUAAAUCACUACUUCAUUCUCUCUA